AUGAACCUUCUUGUUGUUAAAAUUUCCUCGUUGUUGUGCAUAAUCACCGCUAUGCCAAUUGAUCAAAAUAAUAACAAAACUGAGAAUAGUACAUUGAAUGCGGGCGUUCGUGGUAUGAUGUCCGAGUAUCACAUUGAUAAAUUACCAGCUGCGCUGCGCAUUUCACAAAUCAUUCCGAAAUUUCAAGCUCCGAAGAAGUUCAAUAUAACAAAAAUUGUGCAGGAUAUGAAAGAUUUUGGCAUUCAUAGUUUAAAAGAUGAGAAGCACAUCGAAGCUCUACCGUUGGAGCGUGAUGGGAAGAUUAAUCCUGAAUUUCACAAGGAGAUUUUCUUAGGAAAUCACGAACUCUUCGAAUCCGAUAUUCAGCAUAAUGAAGAAAAACGAAAUAAAAAAUUAGAAGAAAUCUUCCGUGUAGCCGAUGUGGAUCAUGAUGAACGGUUGUCGAAAGAAGAAAUGUUAAAUUAUGUUUUGAAAAAUAUCCAUGAACAUUUACGAGAAGCGAAACUGCGCAAUGCGCAGCUGUUUUUGUUCAUCGACUCGAAUGAAGAUGGAAAAGUGACGUGGAAUGAAUAUUUCGCCUUGUAUGUCAAAUUUCAUAAUAUGAAUGAGACCGGAAUCAAAGAAACUGACCCGUUUGACUUCAUCCAAGGACCGUUUGAUAAUAAUUUUCAACGAGAGUUAGUCAAUAUUCGUUAUCGUUGGACAGAUGCUGAUGCUGGUGCUGAUAAUGAGCUGAAUAUCGACGAAUUCCUUGCUUUUCGUCAUCCGGAGAUCGCUGGACAUUCGUAUAAACAUAUUGUUGAUGAUAUGUUGAUACAAAUGGAUCGGAAUGAAGAUCAGCAAUUGAACGAGACAGAAUUUGCAUUUUUACCUUCGAGUGUCUUAGAAGACGGUGGAAAUAAAGAAUGGGUUGAAAUGGACAAGCGUUGGUUAGAAGAGCAAAGAAACGAAUUCCGCGAAAUGGAUGAAAAUCAUGAUGGAAUUCUGACAAAAGACGAACUAUUGCAUGCAUACGAUCCGUUGAAUCGCGUUCAUAUAAGUAAUCAAAUCAAGAAAUUGUAUUCUAAAGUGGAUGAUUCGCCUUCGGACAAUCUGUUAUCAUUGAAUGAAAUCCAAAAACACGCGGAUGUGUUUACUGAUAUGCAACUCUUAGAUACCGAAAAAGCAUUACACGAAGAAAUGUGA